AUGAAUGAAAAUCAACCAGGCGGUACGGGACGUAUACACACUAAACAAUUUUACACAACCUCGUCAUUACGUCCUAGUUUCAUUCGUCUGGCGGGUGAUAAAGGAAUGACCAAAAUGGCACACCUGAGCAUAUUUAUUAUCACUUUGCUGAUUAUUUCACAAAGCAUCCAUUCAUCGCCUGCACAAGUACCAACACCGGAAGUGUCUAAAGUUCCAACACCGGAAGUGUCUAAAACACCAACAUCGGAAGUGUCUGAUGUUUCCACACAGGAAGUGUCUACUCUAGAAAGUGUUAGCAAACUCACCGCUGACGCUAUCGUAGAUUACAUAUUUGAUAAAUAUUCGUCAGACAAUCUUCUGACAUUCGAAGCCUAUGAACAUUUAUUAGAAAGUUUAAGCCUCGGUGUAAUAUAUAUAGGUCACAGUUUAGAGACACAUACCAACAACCCGACGGCAAAAUUUAUGGAGUUUCAUCAAGACCACAAUCACCCACUGAAACCGAAAGUGAACGACCACAAGGGAUCUCAUCAUAAUCAUGUACACCAUAUCACAAACGAUCAUGAUCACUCAAUCGUUCAUACAGACGAUGAUCACGAUCACAAAGACAAACACAGUGAUGAUCAUGAUCACAUAAUCGAUCAUACAGACUAUAAUAAUCACAAAGACAAACACAGUGAUGAUCAUGAUCACACAAUAGAUCAUACAGAUUAUAACAACCACAAAGACAAACACAAUGAUGAUCAUGAUCACACAAUAGAUCACACAGACGAUAACGAUGAAAAAGACAAACACAGUGAUGAUCAUGAUCACACAAUAGAUCACACAGACGAUAACGAUGAAAAAGACAAACACAGUGAUGAUCAUGAUCACACAAUCGAUCACACAGACGAUAACGAUGAAAAAGACAAACACCGUGAUGAUCAUGAUCACACAAUCGAUCACACAGACUAUAACAAUCACAAUGACAAACACACAGACAACCACGAUCACGAUCAUGCAGAUAAACAUGGUCACCAGGUACAAGAUAACAUGCGUGAUGAAAAUUCAUCUAGUGAAGAUGAUCACGCCCUGAAUAAUCGUAAAAAAAGACGUAUGGGAGAGAAAAAUGUCCGAACUAUACCACAAGAAGUUUUCAGCCAGUGUCUGAAACCUAAGGAUAUACUGCAGCUCUUUAGCUUUAAUGACCGAGGUCUGACGAAGGCCCAAUUCCGAGAGCUGUGUCCCCUACUAAUACUACAGAUAGAUGGACACCAUUGUGACAACUUCACUCACGAUGAUGUUGCGAAUGAACACAUCGACGAACAAGAACAUAAGAGUUCAUCAGAUACAGAGAUAACAGUCGAAACCUGGCUAUAUGCGUGUGGUGCUAUCGUGGUGAUCAGUUUAUCGGGUAUCAUCUGUGUGGGUCUUCUGUCUGUCUUCCACCACCUGUUUGUCGUGAACUUCCUCCACUUUUUAGUGGCGAUGGCGGUCGGAGCCCUGACUGGUGACGCUAUGUUGCAUCUUCUUCCUCAUGCACUGUCCUCGACCAAUGGCCACACCCACGAUGCGUCCGAAGCUCACGACAUGGAAGGCGUACACAAAGGUUUAGCGGGACUGGCGGUUUUCUAUUUCUUCUUUCUGUUUGGAAGAAUCCAGAUCAUAGCAAGUAGUAAGAAAUCGAAGAAAACGCAGAAAGAGCUCGAUGAUGUUGAUUCAGUCAGUAUGACAAUGGUGAUUAAAUCACCAGACGACGACGGCAACAUCAUAUUGGAGAAAGUUGCAGGUGCCAAGUCAAAUGAAUUGGGCAAUUGGAAAGGAAAAUACAGUCAUGCACAUGGACAUUCUCACAGUCACGACAUGGAAGGACUCUCUUCGUCCACCGGAGCAAUGGUGUGGAGAGUGAUUGUAGGGGACGGGAUCCACAACUUAAGUGAUGGUCUGGCUAUCGGUGUGGCGUUCGCUGUCAGUGUCACCAGUGGUCUGAGUACUUCCAUAGCAGUGUUGUGUCAUGAACUGCCUCACGAGAUAGGUGACUUUGCUGUCCUGCUUAAGAAAGGGAUGUCGGUGAAACAAGCACUGGGGUUUAACUUCCUUUCGUCUGUUCUGUCAUUAAUUGGCGCGGUAGCAGGAGUCGCCAUGGGUAACUUCACUGGCAUCAAAGUCUACAUCCUGGUGUGUGUGGCUGCGAUGUUUAUUUAUAUUUCUCUUGUUGAUAUGCUUCCCGAAAUAAGUAGCAGCCCCACGAAGAAUCCUGUGCGCCAUCUUGUCUUCACGAUGUUGGGAAUGGGUGUUGGCUCGGGGAUCAUGCUCAUUAUUGCGCUUAAAGAGGACGAGCUGAUGCAGCUCACCACGUGA